AUGCUGGAUAAGGCCACCCUGCUCCUGUUCCUGCACUUAGUCUCAUGCUCCAUCUCCUCUCCUCUUUACCCAGCUCUCAGGUACAGUCCAGGGCCAGUUGCUGGCAAGGCCAUGAACUUCCAGCUACAGCACAGCAGCCCAUUGCAGAGCCAUAACCCCUCAGCAGAGGAACAAGAGGAGGAGGGUUUAACAGACCCCACUGAGAAAAGGAUGCAGCGCCAUGCUGAUGCCAUAUUCACCGACAACUACCGGAAAUUCCUGGGGCAGAUUUCCGCUCGCAAAUUCCUACAGACCAUCAUUGGGAAGCGGCUUGGAAGCAGUGAGAGCAGCCCAGGAGAAGGGGUGCACCAAUUCCUGACGCGGCGCCAGUCUGACAGCAUCCUGAUGGACAGCUACCACCAACAGAUGGUCCUGAGGGACUUCCUGGGAGCCAUCCUGCAGAACCAGAGGCCUCAGGACAUUGACAGAAGUCAGUUAGGCUUUCCCAGCACCCUGGCUAAGCUCAUAUAA